AUGUCCGCUACUCUGGCGGAUCCGUAUCGUGACUAUGCGAUUGAGUACUCUCAACAUGCCACCUGCAAGCCCGAGCAACAGGAAAGCACGCUUGUUUAUCACACGCCACAGCCGCACCUCCACCAUCACAAACAGGCCGAACCCCCCUUCUCGCAACCGCAUUCUCACAGCAGCGCAGCAUUCUCACAGCAUCAUGCAAGCGCGACCGUCCUUCCAACGGCGACCCCUCAGCCAUCAGUGCAUGAUAUGCCACAGACCGUUGUCCUUGGCCAUACGCCGAUGCUCCCACGGCAACUUCCCGUCCAGUAUCCUCCACCCAGCUUCGAAAUCCCUCCACUCCACCGUGGCAAGAAACGGCCUCAUUCAGAGACAGAAGGAGAUGAAACAGACCAUGGUCUUAGACCUCAAUUAUCGGUCCUUCCCGCAGACGGGCCGGCCGAGCAUGGUCACUCGCCGGAGAUGCUCUUCUCUGUCCACGGGGCACCGUCCCAACAGCCUCCGAUGCCAGGGCACGGCUUUGGGCACGCAGAGUCAGUUGGGCUGCCGCAACACCACCACCACCAUCGCCUCCCGCCCCAUGCGGCGCUGCGGACCCCUGGGCGCCAUGGUAUGAAUGUGGAAGCCUCGCCUAUGCCGUCGGGUCCUCCGAGUGUUGUAGGCCAGCCCGGGAUGCCUGAACCGGCUCCCCGGCCUCGAGGCCCCAAACUAAAGUUCACACCGGAGGAAGAUGCUCUGUUAGUGGAAUUAAAAGAAAACAAAAACCUCACUUGGAAGCAAAUUGCGGACUUCUUCCCAGGCCGGACGAGUGGUACCUUACAGGUUCGAUACUGCACCAAGUUGAAAGCGAAGGACGUCACCUGGAGCGAUGAAAUGGUCCAAAGACUGCAACGUGCCCUUCAAGAAUACGAGAACGAUCGGUGGCGUAUCAUCGCAGGGAAGGUUGGCAAUGGCUUCACACCAGCCGCUUGUCGCGAGAAAGCGACGCAACUUCAAUGA